AAGGGGGGCGCUGUUCCUAAGAAAUCGACGCUGAGCGGCAAACCGGAUACGGAAGCACCCUGUUGUUUUCUGUUGUCUGUGUUCCUCCCCUCUCGCCUCUCUCCAGGUAAAGGAGCUUUACAGGUGAUAAAUGGAGCAUAAACUGAUCGUAGCGGUGUCUGGAUUCCCUUCUCUGUACGACAGCGGCUCUCUGACCUACAGAGACCUGAAUAUGAGAGCUGAAUCCUGGCGGCAAGUCUCUCAGAUCGUCGGUGUUCCCGAGUUUGAGUGCCGGAGGAAGUGGAAGACGUUGAGGGAUCAGCACCGGAGGGAGAGGCAGCGGGAAAAGGAACGUCGAGAGAGCGGCAUCGGGCUCUUUAACUACCGGCCCUGGAGAUACUCGGCCAUCUUGUCCUUCCUGAACCCCUUCAUCGAUGCUCGAGCAGCGGGAACUAACGGCUGGGCUCUGGACCCUCAGCCCUCCAUGUUCAUCUCCUCAGAGACCGGCUGCAGCACCACCACGGAGACACGCAGCGACGACGACGACGAGCACUACGAUAUCUCUGUAGGCGACGCUACGACCACCACAACAUCGUCUCCUUCCUCUGAAUUCGUGCAGAGGAAACGACCGUCAUCCGACACGGGAGACGACUUCAGAUUCAAAGAAGCCAAGAUGGAGGGCAGCGCCGAGAAAAACGAUUGUGCUCAAACGCAACAGCAGCAGCACGACAACAUGAAGGAGCUUUUUGAGAUGAUGAUGCAUUCAGUGAGUUCUUUAGCUGCGUCGAUAGCAUCUUCACACCCUUCCUCCUCCUCUUCAUCAUCGUUGGAUCAGCCUACCUUGAACCAUCACCUGAAAACGGAGAAUCAGGAGGCGGAGCUUCUGGUGCUGAGCGACGACGAAGGAGAGGAGACAGACAGCCAGUGCCGAGAGCUCAGAUCUGGAGGUGUGUCUCGGGAGGAUCAUCCGAGGGUCAAGAGGAGGGGCGAGGCCCUGCUGGAGGACCAUCUGAGGAGGACGGAGGCCCGCGAGGCUCAAAAAGACGAUGUGACGCUGUUUCUCCUGAGUUUAGCCCCCGCUCUGAGGAGACUGACCCCACAGAAACAAUCCUGGGUCAGAACCAAGAUCCAGCAGUUCCUCCACGAAGCUGAGUUCGGUGCCACCAGCUUUCAGUGAAAUAUAUUGUAUAUGUUUAUAUGCUGUAUGGCCGGGGGGUCCGCUUUCUACGAUUUCAUUUUAUAUCGACCCUCAGCCAUUUAAGAAAGUAUAAUGUAAUAUGGCCUGUAAGGGAAACUUCUGUAGCAAUGGAGAGUCAGGACUCAGAGAGACACGAGGAGAGCUGGAGCUUUGAUGUCAAACACUGAUGGGUUUAUUUACGAGCCUCGGCCGGAGAAUUCACAAGACAUGUCACACAGUCAGAGGUUCUGACCACACGGUUGAGAUGCCACGACAAUUCUGAAGAACUCUACCCCAGACCCCUGUAUUUAGCUAGUUCAGAGAGAAUAAUCAACAUUGGGCAUAACAAGAUAGAACCAUAACACCUCUAUCAGCUGACGCACACAGGCAUGAGCAGGGAGACACUGAGAGCACAGCAGCCAAGAUUACAAGUGCGUGUGCUCAGUCAGGACAGCUUGACCCGACAAACUGGGAAAAUAUUUCCCCAACAUGGCCCACAAAUGAAACUUCUCUAUUGUACUUCUUAAAUAUAUAUGUUCAAAUAUAUGACACAGUAGCUGAAUAAAACCCUAUGGAGAGCUGUGAUGUUGUAAUUUACCUACGUUUUAAAGAUUUUUCUAACUUAUAACUGAACUUACGAGGCGAUAUAACUCUAGUGAGCGGCCCAGCCCGCCGAAUAUAUUUCUGUGUGUGGCCAUCGGGGAAAAAAGUUUGACACCCCUGUUGUAUGGACUAGGGUUGCACAAUCAAUCAAUCAAUGUGUAUUUAUACAGCCCAAUAUCACACAUUUUCUCCAUUUCUCUGAGGGCUUUUCAGUUUUGACACAAUAUGAAGACGACACCCUCUGUCCUUAGACUCCAAAUCCAAAUGUCCAAAUAUUAUCGCAAUAGGGUGGUAUUUCUAUUUCUGUGUUGGUCCCUGAAGGCAGCACCGUUUAUAAUAAGCCAUUUUGAAUCAUUGCAGAAAAUAAUCUCAACAUUUAUGAUUCUUACACCUUUAGUUUAGCAGGAUAAUCUCUACAUAUUAACAACACUUUAUGAUUUAUGAAGUAAAAAGCUAAUGUUGGACUAUAAAGGAACUACAGCACGGUCACAUGACUUCACGUCACCACCGCUAAGCUAAAGGUGGCUAAUGUUGGGCUAUAAAGGAACUACAGCACGGUCACAUGACUUCAGGUCACCACCGCUAAGCUAAAGGCGGCUAAUGUUGUACAUGAUGGCGUUAAGUCAUGUUAUUUAGACACUUGUUAGCAACAACAGACCUAAGGUGGUGAAGAAAGUAAACUAUUUAUUUUCUCCAUUUGCAGAAAUGUUCAAACAUAAAGAAAUAUGUGUUGAAGUUCAUCUUUUGAAUGAAGUGUUGUGCAGUUGCAGAUAUACUCCAGCCUACAAAAUGAUUGUAAAAUCCUUGUUAAUACAGAUCCUCCACCAUAAUCAUUCAUUUCCUGUAAUAUCAUGAAUCGUAUCCUAAUUACAAUUUCAGUCAGAAGAAUCACAAUUGGAUAUUUUCCCAAGCUGUGCAGCCUUAGUGUGAAUCACAUAUUUGCUGACUUUAUGAAAAAUAUACCUCCCUAUAAAGGAGUUUUCAUGAUAUUGUACCGUCUUCUUUACCAUGUUUUUGUGCUGUUUUUAAUAAAAACAAUUCCUCUU